AAACCCCCCCCCUAUUUCUAAUAGACAGGCCGCAAGAUCUAAGCAAAUAUCACUUGCUCGUUUGCCAAGGACUUUUUCUAUUUUUAUUUUGGACGCAGAAAGUGCUUUCCUCUUUUUUCUUCUCCCCCCCUAAUUUUUGUUUUUAAAAACAAUUUUGUGCACGAGCUGCACGCCUUUUCAAUUUUUUCCUUCCCGCUUCUGCUACUGCUGUCAGAGCUCCGAAAAAUCCCUCCGGUCUUUUUUUUUGUGGAAGAGACUAGGGUGUUUUUUGGUACUUAUUAUUUUUUACCCCAUAAAACCAGUUACAUUUUGUUGGAAAAGAUUAAGAGGGAUUUUUUAAAUUAUUUCUUUCUACAACCAACGUGCUGAAUUUAUGAUGAAAGUACAAAAUGGAUGAAUUUCACCCUUUUAUUGAAGCCUUGCUUCCCCAUGUCCGUGCCUUCUCCUACACCUGGUUCAACUUGCAGGCCCGUAAACGCAAGUACUUCAAGAAGCACGAGAAGCGCAUGUCAAAGGAUGAAGAGAGGGCAGUCAAGGAUGAACUUCUGGGUGAAAAACCUGAGAUCAAGCAGAAAUGGGCAUCCCGUCUGUUGGCCAAGCUACGCAAGGACAUCCGGCCAGAGUUCAGAGAGGAUUUCGUGCUGACCAUUACCGGCAAGAAGCCACCUUGCUGCGUCCUCUCCAACCCCGACCAGAAGGGAAAGAUCCGACGCAUUGACUGUCUUCGUCAGGCAGACAAGGUGUGGAGGCUGGAUCUGGUGAUGGUGAUCCUCUUCAAGGGCAGUCCCCUCGAGAGCACAGAUGGAGAGAGGCUAGUCAAGUCUCCACAGUGCUCCAACCCAGGGCUGUGCGUCCAGCCACACCACAUUGGGGUGUCGGUUAAGGAACUGGACCUCUACUUAGCCUACUUCGUUCAUUCACCAGAAUCAGGACAAUCAGAGAGCUCCAACCCACAAGGAGAGACUGACAUCAAACCUCCACCUAACGGGCAUUUGAGUUUCCAAGAUUGCUUUGUGACAUCGGGGGUAUGGAAUGUUGCAGAGCUCGUCAGAGUGUCUCAAACCCCCGUUGCCACAGCAGCAGGACCCAAUUUCUCCCUGGCUGACCUUGAGAGCCCUGGAUACUACAACAUAAACCAGCUGGGGCGACGCUCAAUUACUUCUCCCCCAUCCACCAGAUCAGCCGAAGUGGAGCUCUAUGCAAGCCUUCCCAGGAGCUCCACCAAGCGCAAAUCAAUUGAUGACAGUGAGAUGGAGAGUCCUGUGGAUGACGUGUUUUAUACAAGUCGUUCACCAGCAGCCAGCAGUAGCCAAUCUAGUGGCUGGCCAAACGAGGUGGACACAGUGCAACACCAUUUGGCGAAUGUGCAGGAGAGGAAGAUUAAACAUGAAAACGAUGGCAUGCAGUUUCCCUAUCAUGGACUGUCAUCGCCUGGUUCUCUUAAGAAGCCGGGAAAGUUCGAUUUUGGCAGCGCCCUGUCCCCACAGACGAGGUCGGCGCGUAUGGCUUUCACCCACCAUCCGCUGCCAGUCCUAGCAGGAGUGAGACCAGGUAGCCCCCGUGCUUCAGCCUCUGCUCUGCACUUUCCUUCAUCCUCCAUUAUCCAGCAAUCCAACCCUUACUUCACUCACCCCACCAUUCGUUACCACCACCAUCCUGGCCAGGACCCUCUAAAAGAGUUUGUUCAGUUUGUCUGUUCAGAUGGGUCUGGGCAGCCUCCCACACAGCCAAACGGGAAUGGCCAGGGCAAAGUUCCAGGUUCCUUCUUGUUGCCACCACCUCCUCCAGUGGCCCGUCCAGUGCCCCUCCCAAUGCCCGACUCUAAACCCAGCUGUACACCCCCUGAUGGCGGACUCUGCUCGCCGACAUCACCGUCAUACUCAGCGCCAGCCUCCUCCGCUGCAAACCGGUUUGUCAGCAUCGGAUCACGGGACAACAACUUUCUAAACAUCCCUCAGCAAGCACAGUCCUGGUUCCUCUGACAAGAUCUUCACAAACAAAUAUUACAAAAAUUUAAAUCUGAACGCCAUAAGAAUUGCCCUCCAGCCUCUCACGAAGGAAGAAGAAAGAAAUACUGAGGGGAGAAGAACAGAGAAAAUUGACAACUCUAAAUAUGGAGGUUGCAGAGGAAGAGGAAAUGGAUUUCCUUUAAAACAGAUAAAUUAUACUUUAUGGGGAAAUGUCAAUCAGCAUUGGGAAUUUGGGCAAUUAGAAGGGAGGGGCAAUGCAAGCUUGGGGUGGGGGGAUGGUGGGGAUGUGGCGGUCAAUCAGUCCCUCGAUGAAAUUGCACACAUACACAUACACAAACACCCAUAGUGUAAGUAGCACCACCUCUGGGUGGACUGGCUUCACUGUAGGAAACACAGUAUUUAUAAAUAACACCAGUAUGCAGAGGUCAGAAGAGGUUUAUUAUUGGCCUUGUUACCAUGAAAUUCAUCAUGACCAGCCUUUGGAGCAGAAUGAAUGGGGUUCUUUAUGAGGGAGGAGAUGAGUCCGAUUUUCAUGAUCCUUUUCUUGCAAUGGAGUCAGUAUUAGAUUUCACUGCUAAAUGUGGUAUUGUUAAAUGUAGAGGAGACAAGACUCAAAUAUAAUCAUAUAAUGUGUUUGGUUCCACCUGCCUAUGUAAAUAUUCAUUGUUUUUUCAUCGAUAGAUCCUGACCCACAGAAGUGCAUUCUGUUUUUUAUUUCAAGUAGAAAUGACUCAUUUCCCCAUGAAGUCUAACUCUUGAAAGAAAUGGUCAUGACCUUGCUGGUCUUAGCUGAAACCUGCAAAGAAAGGCAUAAAAUAUUUGCUGACCACCAUACAGAGCUGAAUGGCAUUUAAUGCAAUGGACUUUGAUGCCCUAGCAAGUGAGACAAGUGUCUUUUCUGUACAUUACAGUAAAGCUCAAUAAAUUUUAAAUUUAAAACUAAUAUAAUUAAAGUCCAUUACUGCAAUUCACGACAAAAGUCAGCAUCUAGAUAAAAUUGUAACAACAGUAGAAAAAAUAUUAGGUUUGUCCACAUUUAUCCAACAUUACUUUUUUAAGCAAAAAGCAGGCUUCUUAUAAGCCCUGUGCUAAAUUUAAAAUGUAAUAUUAGCCACUAUAUCAAUAGCAGCCCGAACCUUGUUGAGGCUUACACCUAAACCAUUCAUUUUAUCAUUUUAAUAAUGAUCCAGACUAGCAUUAGCUUCCUAAUAUACACAUCUGUCAUAAGCACCAGUCAAAGCCGAACAUUUUAACCUUAAAGUCUGUCACUUGUAUUACUGAUGGUCUAGCAACAACUCCUUGAUCAUAGGAUCUUUCAACCAUGUCUGCAGUAGUCCAAAAAAAGUCCUACAUCUGCCCCCUAAUCAUGAGAAGUGUUAGCAAGUUGAGUAAUGGCUCAUCACUAAAUCAGCUUUAGCUCUAUAGUUAUUGUAAAUUCCUAACACCAGCAGGAAUGUUUCUAUUAUAUUGUUUCUCAUGACAGUAGUAGUGCAAAUAACAGAACAUCAACCCCCUAAACCAUAAUAUCUGUCUGGAGUGUCAACCUCCUUACUUUGUUGUUUGCCAGGCAUGUGAACAGUGGAUUAACCAGAUCAAUAACUCUUACAUCUUUUAACCCAAACAGAAGUGCCAGCCCCCUAACUAAGAUUACUUAGUUAAUCGAACGAUGAAUCAUCUCUAGCCUGGCUUUGUUGUUCUUCAUAAUAUCCAGUCAUUAAUAGCCCUACACACAUCUUACAUGCCAGCUAUGUCACAAUUAGUUGACUGUUAAGUUCUUCAAAAAGCUGCCAUUGAUUUUAGCAAAUGAUAUGCAAUUUUGGUUGGUUUUUCGAAUUAAUCAAUUUUGUAAGUUGAGUUCCUAGAGCUUGAACAUAUUCACAUGCCUAGUGAAUUUGUCAGCUUAGCAUUUAGAGCAGGGCUCUCAGCCUCCAGUCCUGGAACGCUAAUGUGGCUGCAAGUUUUCAUUCAAACUAUUUUCUUAAUUAGUGACCCAUUUCUGCUGCUAAUUAACUAUAACCCGUUAUUUUACUUGACUAUUUUAAAUACUCUGACCUCUGAAUUGAUUUUUUUCCUUAAACAACACCUAAAUAAAAAUUUGACGUGAAGUGAGCCAACAGAUGACUAGCUAAAUUGGGGCUUCAAACUCCAAUCAACUUCACUCCAUUCAGUUUCAAAUCUUGUUGCUAAUUAAACCCGUCAUUUAAUUCCAUGGCUCUCAUUCUACUAUGGCAGACAUUUCUAAAACUGUUGAUUUUCUGUUUUAAGAGCACUGUCAGUGUUUUGGUGACCUGAGCUGGUCAACGUUACUGAGUCCUUCACCUUUGUUUAUUUUCAGAUAUUGCAUGAUGGACGCAGGUUGUUGUUUAUGUGUUGGCUCAUUAUUGUUUGUCUGCUAAUUAAGGAGAAAUUAAAUAACUAAGGGCCCUGAGUUUUAAGUAGUGCAUCAGUUAAAAUUAAGGUAAAAAGUUAAUUAGCAGAAAAAUCUGUUCACUAAUUAAGAAAAGGGUUAGAAUGAAAACCUGCAGCCAGAGUUGGAGACCCCUGAUUUAGAGGAUUUUGCAAAGAUUUUAUGUUAUUAGUCACCUCACAGGAGAUACACUAUGCGGGCGUAUCUCCUGUAUGUAUUUCUAGACCAUUUUUUUUCUUUUGGUGUAAUGGGUGAGUUAAUUGUAUUCAGUAUAUAUUAAGAGUUGUACAUUAUUCAGUAAACAGUUCUUCUUUCCUUCCUGUAAGGACUCAGAAUGCUCCUUGCAAAACUGUGAAUUCUACAUAACAAUAUUUAUGGAGCCUAGUAGAGGUUUCUUGAAUGUUUGGCCACAUAAUUAUCAAGGCUUUGGCAUAGCUGUUUAGAACACUGGGCACAGAUCCUCCAGAACACAUAUCAAGCUGCUGUUGUUUUUAUAUUUCAUAUUCCAUGAUUUAGUAGGAAAUUCUAUUGAUCUCAAGACCACAGUUUUACAUAGACUAAUAUGAGUUCCCUGCAUUCUGUGUUACCUGAAGUGGAAAAUUAAGGUAUAUAAAUGAAAUCUCCUGGAAUUAUGAGAAAUGUAAUAAAGGAUGCAGGUGCAGCUUCAGAGUUGGGAAUAGGACAUUAUUACAAAUCCUCAGUAUGCAUAUCUAUCUUUAUUUUUGGUAGUAAUGAAAUUUAUGAUAAAUAAUUCUAGUAAAAUAGUCCCACAUAUAAGUGCAGGUGGUGUGCUUCACUAUAGGUUUUACUGUUCAUUUCUGAAAUCUGUUCUAGUUAUACACAAAGAAUGACUCCACAAGUAAAGAUUCCUCUUUCCACUUCUUACUCCAUGGGUUUAGUGAUCUGCUGCCAUUCACCUUCAGGUGGAGAAUGGGGGGAGUGUUUUCCACUGUGAUACCAGGCUAUUUAGGACUUGCUUGUCAUAUUCUCAUCCGUUACUCUUACAGGCCAUUAAGCAAUCUCUCACACACAAAAGUAAAACAAAUAAAAAGCAAAACUCAUUUAAAAUAUUAAAGCUGGACUUGUACACCAGAGUUGCAGAACUCCAAAAUGGGAACAAAUAAGUACCAAGAGGCCGCUGUGAUUGUAAAAUGGUGACAGUUUUCAUACAGGGUAUUAUUAUUGUCUUUGGGGGUUUUAUUGUUGUUUUUUAACAUUAUUUUUAGAUAAUUCUGACCUCAAAAAAAAAAAAAAGACUGGUCAUGUCCUGACUGCCCAUGAGAUUGUCUGUCUGUACAAGGACUGACCGUAUUGAACACAGGAAGUGCCUUUGAUAGCCGCAGUCCAGUCGGUCCGAGGGCAUUGAUACAGGAGUACCACCUGGAACAAGAGGGCUGUGUUGUGGGCAUUUCUAUAUCCACCACCUGGCAUGCUGUGCAGUUACUUCAUUUAUCAAUUGCAUCAUUUUGCUGAUUUUAUUUGUUAAUAAUAUAUGAGCUUCUGAGCAGGAAGUAAAGUACCAGCAUAUUACAAUCUACUGGCCUUGAAAGGAAGAGUACUGUAGCUUGAGCUGUGACACUUCUUCACAAUGUCUAAUUUUUCUUAUAAAAGUCAGCUGGCUGAGAUGCUUAGAUUUUGCAUAGGGCCCUCUUUGGUAAUUCACUCGUAACCUCUAUUGCCAUCAGUAAGCAGGUAGCACUGUGCAGAUUUUGAGCUUUUUCCUUUACAAGAACUUGUAUGUUGUUUGUUUAUCUUCAUGCACAGUUUCAUACACAAAAUCUUCAUUUCUGUUUGCUUUUCUUCCAUCUCCUUAUGCAAUGUUUGCAGUUUCUUUAACAAGAAAUUUGAUAAUGUAUAUUCUUCUGUUAUGAGUAACCUAGAUGUUGUCUAUCCUCAUUGCAUCAGCAGGCUAGACACUGUAUAUUUUGGUGAUUUCCUCUACAAGAUGUGAUCUUUGUUGUCCUAGAAGGAAUUAGCUGGCUUCACUGCACAGAUAUUGCAGUUUUCUGUACAAAAUCCUACUGUCUGUCCGUUUUGCUUUUGUCAGUCAGUUUUCUGUGCACAGUUUUUGUCUAUAGUACGUGCAGGCACUCUACAAGAAUAUGUUACGCCAUUCAAUAAUGUCAAUGGAUAGUGACUUCACUCUGUCAGAAUACAAAGACAUGUAGACACUAGACACAUAUGUUUUGAAAAAUCCCAUCCGGGAUGAUAGUAUUAGCUGUUAAAAUUCAUUUAUCUUUUCAGUAACCUAACAUUUCAAAUGGACUUUAUCUUGAUUGCUGCACAAACAAUGCCAGGAACAGGAUCUGGAUUUGCUCUCCAAAAGGGCCCAUCCUACCCACAAAGCAAUGCUCUGUAACCCAGUCUAGUUUCUUUGCUGAUAAUCUGAAAAAC